AUGACCGAAUCCUCAGCACCAAUGCCACCACACGACGUCCAAACAACACUCAACUUCAUCGAAGAGCAGCCCGACGGCUCGCAUCUCACCCCAAUCUACGUCGGAAAACCCAGCUCAUACAUCCGCCCAACAACGGCCAUUCCAGUCGUCUUCCACGACGUAAGUGGUCGCGAACAAUAUUACACGCUUGACAACAACGGCUUCCAAUUCCACCAUCACACAAGCCAGACGAAAGAUCUCUGCGAAAUCGAUAACGACCAGAUCAAGCGCCUCUACUACCCCGAAAUCGACAAACUCAUCAAAGACGUAACCGGCGCAUCACGCACCUACGUCUUCGACCACACCAUCCACCGCGCAGCCAGAGAUUUUCAAGGCUCCUCACCGCAAGCUCGCGGACCCAUACAGCGUGUCCACAUUGACCAGACCGAUGCCGCAGCCAAAAAAAGGGUGGAGUACUAUCUCGGGGACGAAGCUAGCGAGCUCCUGAAGUAUCGGUACCAAAUCAUCAAUGUCUGGCGGCCUCUGAAACCCAUUCUUCGAGAUCCGCUUGCUGUGGCCGACGCCUCAACAGUGUCCGAUGACGACCUCGUCCCGAUUAAAGUGAUCUAUCCAGACAAAGUCGGCGAGACAUGCUUGGUUAAACCGAACCCGCGGAUUCGGUGGUACUACCGGGACCGACAAACACCUGACAUGGUGACGCUGUUCAAGUGUUUCGAGUCGAAGACAGAUGGGCGAGCACGAAGGGUGCCGCAUUCAGCGUUUGCGAUUCCAGGCACCGAAGAAGAGGAGGCGAGAGAGAGUAUUGAGGUUCGAGCUCUUGUUUUCUAUUCGACGAACGAGGAGUAG